UCGAUGUUUUGAUCAAAAGUAGAUGACAUGAAAUAGAUCAGUAUUAAGUUUUAAUUAAUUUGUAAUUGUUUAAUUAAUAUGAACCAUAUAUUGAAGAGUAGUGUAAUAACGUAUGUAAAGUACGGCGUAUUUAACUCUAACUGUCAGUAUAUGUCACGAACAUUGCCGAUUCGGCUAAUUGAUUAAUGAUUAUUUCCAUAAUUGACUCUUAAUUACAAACCAUGAUCAUUCUAUCAUUGCAAUUUUUUGGUAUCAAAAGAAAAAAAAACUAACCUUUGUGCAUCAAAGAUGUUGAAAGGUGAUGGUGGUCGAAGUAGUGGGGAGGACAUCAUCAGGUUGUUGGUCACUCAGUUCAUCGAGGCUUUCGUAUCAAGACCGAGACCUUGAACUAGCAAACACUUUAAAGGCAUAAAGGGAUCUGGUAGAUAAGUGUAUAUACUGUGGUAUGGAAUAAUAAUAAUAGUAUAUAAUAAUAUCGUUUGAAUUGUGUUGUCAUCAUGUGUCAAUGGUUACUAUGGUGGUUGACAAUUAUCCUGCUUGUGGUACCAAGUCAACACUGGUUCAUGUCCAACCUGUGGCCUACCUUUGAACAGCCACCCAAGUGGAAUUCACUACAAAGUCCUUUGGAACCAAGGGUGCUGAAUUUUUUUCCUGUUCCUGUGGAGGAGGAAUGUCUAUCCGAGGAUCAACGUCGCCGGGGAAUAUGUAUGAAUACAUACGAGUGUCGAAUUCAACAAGGAAAAUCUCACGGUCCAUGUGCUCUCGGAUUCGGUGUUUGCUGUGUCUUUACUGCAAGUUGCGGCAGUGAAGUAUUCAAUAACUUGACCUACGUGACAAGUCCUGGAUUCCCAGAUCUCAUCGAUCAGCCCAUGAAUUGUUCAGUGGUCAUCAGAAAAACCGGAUCGCAAGUUAGCCAAUUAAGGAUUGACUUCGUUCACUUUAAUAUCGGUCAACCGAACCGAAGUACUGGAAUUUGUGAUGAAGAUGUCAUGGAAAUUACUAGUGACGAUAGAAUUUUCCAAAUUUGUGGAUGGAAUAGUGGCCAACACAUUUAUGUGGAUGUUACGGAGGGACCAGUGAAGUUGGAUUUUAUUCUACCAAGUAAUCUACAAUCAAGAAUGUGGGAAAUGUCGGUAAUACAGCUACCAUUUGAACAACGAGCACCCGCAGGAUGUCUUCAGUACUUUGAUGCUCCUCGAGGCACUUUGAAGACAUUAAAUUACUUACCAAACGGUAGAUAUUUUGCCAACCAGGAUUACCUUCUAUGUGUUCGUCAGGAAAAGGGGAUGUGUAGUAUUGCAUAUUCAGCAUGCAGCAAUAAUUCAUUUCGGAUUGGUCCCCCGAGAUUUAGACAGAGUAAUCAAACGUCACAGGUUGAAGGCUCUGGAGCUAGUUCGGAUGAUCUUCCACCAAUUCGACGGUGUGUCGAUCGUGUACUCAUCCCAUGUGACUUUGAAGAAUUUAUUACGCCUGGAAACGAUGGUACUGGAAUCUGCGAUAUGGAGCACUGCGGAAGUUCACUAUGUGGUCCAAGUGAAUUUGAUGCGGAUGGUAAUUGUCGGGUCGAAACAUCAGCAACUCCCUUUCAUAUAAGGGUAGAAUUUGGUAUGCCAGGAGGGGAUCAGAAUUACACAUCGCCUGAGGAUAUGGUUGGCAUGUGUUUGAACUAUGAACAACUACCAUGCGUCCCCUAACUCAAAUUAUCAUACUUAACUAGUCUUUUCCACGCAUCACUAUUUUGCUUCCUAUUUUAUAACGUUGUAUAUCCAAAGCAGUAAAUUAUCGUGUUAUAGUAUUCAGACACUCCCCCAUCAUAUUUUAUUUUAUUUAUUUUAAUUAUUCACAUUUUCGCCCUCUAUUUGUUUGAAUAUAAGUCACUAUCAACGAUAUCCUAGUACAUAAUUUUCGUUAAUAGGAAUUGUUUGAGCUUUUUCAUUAUACACUCACUGAAUAUUAA